AUCCCUGCGCGCGCGCAAACUGUGUGACAAGUAGACAAAUAACCGCGCAAUCGGAACCAACGCAAAUAUUUACUGAAACAGUUUAUUCAGUGUACUACAAGAAAGUUAUUCGUGUAAUUAAAGUGGAAUUUUCGAGAUUUUUAUCCUCUAGGGCCUACGUUUCAAAAAACUUUUGGAUGCGUUAUUUGAAGGUAUUCAUAGAUAUACUGGACGUCUAUUUUAAACAAUCUAUAUGCGUUUUAUAGUUGGAUUGUUAAAAGUUUAUUUGACCUCUGUUAAAUUCAACUGGAUGAUGCAGGGAAUAAAACGUUUUAAUUAAAGGUUGGCGACUAGAGGGUAUGGCCUCAGAAGAGGGUGCAGAUGCGCUCAAAAUAUACUGGGAACACUUCUUCAAGGCAGAGACAGGAACUUAUGAGAAAUCGACAUGGCUCGACUUGUUUCUAGCCGAGUUUAUUGUACGACUCAACGAAGGAUGCAAUCCGAAAGAUUUAAUCAAGUUCUGUCCACUAAGCGGCGUGGUGUCACUAGUGGGGUGCGAGCUGCUGUGCGGCAUCCACCGCGUGACGUCAUCCAUCAACACGCACUUCUCCCCCCCGCUGCCUGCCGCCUCCCCCUCGCCGCUAACCUGCCCCCCGCUCGACGCAGAUGAUACAGCUAAUGAAGAGCCAAAAAGUGAAGGUACACCACAGAAGUCGUCCAGCCUUUUCACUCGCACGAAUACUCAGUCGUCUUCAGAGAUAUUGCGUCAGUACUUGCUGGGUGGACUCGCUUGGCGCUGUCUCGUCAUGCUCAAGGCGUUGGGAGUUGAGGGUCUCUCCUGCUGCCGGCAGCUCAGUUCAGUUCUAAUCUGGUUGUUCGGUGAACUGAGUGCAGCGGGUCGGGUUGCUCAUCGCGGGAACACCAGGCGGGAGGCAAGAGUGCCUAUACAUGAGCUGUUUUCUAAUAGAAUAUGGUCGAAACAAAAAUCAAACGGUGUGCAAAAUCAAUCUACGGCGGUGGAAAAGGGCUCCCUGUGUUCGAGGUCAAGGUACAACGGCUUGACACGAUUAGAAGCAGACGCCAAAGCUAAAAAAAAGUCCGCUAGAAACUCAGAAAUUUCCUCAGAUUCCGGCGACACGAAUGAUGACUUACAAGUGUUGAAUCGAUCUAUGACGAUCAAAGUUUGCCCGCCCAAUGACGACUUUGAUUAUUUUAAUACGCCAAUUCGUUCGUCCAGCGACUUCACUGAGCCACUGUAUUCCGAUCCCUUCUACACGCCGAGAAAGGCCAAACCGAAAGCAGACGAUUACAUGAAGGAUAAGCAUCGCCAGAUUAUCAAUUCUGAAAUCGGAACCUUCGAAUUUACGUUGCUCAUAAUAGACUUACUACAAGAGUUAUGCAAAGCGGAGAGCAGCCUGUCCGGCUCGGAAGGAUCGCAGAUAUCCAUGCAGUGCAUCAAUUUUUCGCUCAAAAACCUCUGUUCUUUGCAAUUCGGUUCCAUGCCGAAUCAGUCGUAUGAUCAGCUAGAGUUAGCGAACAUAAAAGUGGCCCUCACAGAACUGUUGAUAGUGUCGCUAGAUCAAGUUCUGGUCCACGCAGAUUUAUGUGCCAAACUGAUAAACAUCGGUAUACUUCCAAUGCUCCUACGUAUACUCGAAGACGUCGUCUGCAAAUCGAGUGCCAAAUACAAUACCAAAGUUGAAAAACAUAAUCGUGCAAAAGUUGUCGAAAAACCGGACAAAACAGAAUCGGAGUAUCUUCUGAAAUUUGUCUUCGGUAUAGCAUAUUCUAUAACAGCUUUUUUCUAUUGUUUACUCAUGCAAUGUCGAUCCGUGGAAAAGCUAAGAGAGUUCACGGAUCAGUUUAGAUUAUAUGGAGAAUGUUUUAAGGGUGGUUUGCUCAAAGAGUGUAUCGAGCUAAUGAUUCGGAUACCAGGGUUAGACGAUAACGAAACUGUGAUAUUGGUUAAGAAGCUUAUAGAAUGUAUAGGAAAAUUAGUUAGUGGGAUGAAGCGAGUUAGGAGUGAAGUGAUACACUCGGCAGCUUGUCCGCGAAGUCGACACAAAGCGUGCAGACAGAGAGUAGCAGCGGGCAUGCAUCAUCAUCAUGAUAUUUUAGGCGAAGCUGGAACUGGCUUACCCUUACCCUCGGCUUGUUGCGUCUCCGUACUGUAUGGAACGCUCACAUCGCUCGUACCAGAUGAAGAAAUAUCAGCACAUAAAGUUCUGAGAAACAAAAUCCUACGCGUAAUGCUAAAGUGUGGAGUGUGCUGCUGUUUCUCGCCAACCAUUUUAAUGGAGAGCAUUGUACGGCUAAUGUUGACCCAUAACAGUGUGGCGAGUCUAUGCCUACAGUUACUUGAGCACACUGUUUAUGGAGACUUGGGUGCGAGUGUUCUGAUUCCCAAAGUGACCGAUCAGCUUCCUUGUUCUAUUUGCGAACAAUGCGAUGAUAAUAGAAAUCUUGGAAGAAAAUAUUGCGCUCACGGGGUCAGUCCCAUGGAGAGAAAGAACGUGUGGUCUUUCUUGAUACAUUAUAACUCUUUACUGCAGUUGGACAAUCAUAACAACGUGUUACACGCUACUGUUAGCCACUUGCUGAAGGUGACGCCAAAAUGUCGUAUGGAAAUGAAAUAUGAAUUACUCUUCAGUGUGAUAUAUCCGACCUUUAUUGUAUCAAAACAUAGAUACAUAAUACGGCUCGAAGAAUCAGCCUAUUUCUUAACAGUGUCAUGUCUUAAUAUCUUCGCCAAUUUAUUGAACACUGUGUCUUUCGCCGAGCAGUUUAUUCAGAAAGCCAGUGUUGUGCGAUUCUCGAAAUCGCAAUAA